GCCCUGUUCCUCUCCAAACAACCCCCACACCCCUUUCCCUCUUUCACACUAUAACUACAGCCGUUCCUCUAGCUAUACCAGUCUAUACCUUGCUUCAUACGAUAAGUACUGCUCUAGGCUUCUAAUCCAAUACUAGCACUGUAUGUGCCGCCACAAUAUGUCGCAGGCCCCUUUGCGCCCCAGAGUUUCUUGAUCCCUUUCCCCUUCAUGUCUUAUCUCUCAUCUGCUUGUCAAUCUCCUCUAACCAUUCUCGUUCAACAUUAUUAGUAAAACCCAGUUUCAAAGAUUUAAUUGUUCUUCCGAUGGACCAACUAAACGUGGGAUUCAAGAGGAGUAUGCCGGUGGAAGAAGAAGACGCCCCAAAAGUGGAAAAAGCAGAAAUCUUGACAGUGAAAGAAGAACCAGUUGUAUUUCUUGAUGAAGAUGGCCCUUUUGGAAAUGUCAGUAGUAAUUUUAGUGGUGGCGGAGAGUUUAGUGAUGUUCCAAAACCGCUGCAAGGGCUGCACGAAGUUGGUCCACCGCCAUUCUUGAAGAAGACUUUUGAGAUGGUGGAUGACCUUGAAACUGACUCCACCAUUUCUUGGAGUUCCACCAACACCAGCUUUGUUGUUUGGGAUCCUCACAAGUUCUCUAGGGAUCUUCUCCCUAAACAUUUUAAGCACAACAAUUUCUCCAGCUUUGUUCGUCAACUCAACACCUAUCGGUUCAGGAAGAUUGACUCGGACAGAUGGGAAUUUGCAAACGAGGAGUUCCAGAAAGGGAAGAAGCAUUUGCUGAAAAAUAUCAAGAGGAGAAAGCAACAUUCCCAAAUGUUGCAGCAUCAAGGAGCUGGGCAGCCCUGGCUAGAUUCUGCAAAAUAUAUAUCGGAAACAGAGCUUCAAAAACUGAGAAAUGAUCAGAAUACUUUGAAAUUGGAACUGCUGAGGCUCAAACAGCAGCAAGUGAAUACAGAGAACUACCUAGCCGCAGUUAAAGAGCGUUUACGGACUGCUGAGAGUAAACAAAAGUAUAUGGCUAUUUUCAUGGUAAAAGCUUUUAAAAACCCUCUGUUUGUUCAGCUUUUCAUUGAGAAAAUGAAGCAGAAAAGGGCGCUAGGCAGCGGUGAAGUUUCAAAGAAAAGGAGGUUGGCUGGCCCGCAAGGCAAUGAAAACUUAACGGAGGCCAUGAAUGCUGCAAAUAACAGCCUGGAUGCUACUCGAAAAGUUGUUGAUGGCAAGAACCUUCAACCUCAGGAUGAGCUUACCACAGUCGACCCAGAAAUCCAGAUACUCUUCUCGCCAGAUCAUGAAUCAAGCGGUCCCCUUCAGGAACAACUAGUCAGAGCUUCUUCAAAUACUUCUGAGAAUUUUAUACUGUGGGAGAAGCUGAUGGAGGAUGACAUGAUAUACGAGAACGAGCCAGAAACAGGUAAGUCUCAAUCCGAGAUUGUUCUUGAAUUGGAGAAUUUGAUUGCAAAGCCACCUAGCUGGGGUAUGAAUACGAAAGACCUGGCAGGGCACGCGAGUUACCCAGCUGGACUAAUGGCAUGAGCCCCUUGCAGGUUUACCAUUUUUCCAGUUCCCAAAAAGGAGACCACGGAGCUCUGUCUCUUGGUAUAUAUAUAGAGUUUUUCUUAGUUUUACGAGCUAAUUCCAAGGUUCUUCAUCCUUGUUCUUGGUUGGAGUACUUGGGUUGGUGAGAUUAGUUUUAUUUUGUCUUCUAACUACUCUAGUAGAACACCUGGUUUAGUACACAUUUCUUUGCUGUAUAUCAUGAAACUAUUGUGGAAAAAUGAACUUUAAAUGCAACAGCUCAACUUCUGACUCUCUGAAA